CGGCAGUGCUCGAGGCGCGAGCUCGAAGCCGGAUUUGAUUUGUUUGUGAUUUUGAAGUUGCAGAUUUAUAAAGGGCGCGGUGGAGUCCAGAUUAGCAAGUCGCUGUUGUUGUUGGGUUGGACUGGGUUGCCCCCCUCAUCCGACAUCCGAAGUCUGGGGAGAACCAAACCACCACGACCCAUCAAACAACUUUCUGAAGGAAAUCCCAAAAAACCAAAAAAAAAAACCAAAACCAAAACCAAACAAUCAUGAACAGCAAACCCAGUCUAGUCCUACCCAACCUCAACCCAACAAACAACAACAACCAACCAUCAUCACCACCACCAACAACAACAACAACAACCUCAUCAUCAGCAUCAGCAUCAUCAUCACGACCUGCCUCAAAACGACCACCACUCACAAUCGCAUCAGUCUCAUCCACCUCUCGAAACAGGAACCUCUCAGUCAGCAGUCAACUCAGCCACCAUCGAUCACAGCACUCCAUCUCAAGCUCGAUCGGACAUGAACAACAGACUCACUCUCCAUCCAGUACCACCAACCGAUCGAUCGUCGGAGCCAGCCUCUACCCAACCACCCUGCCAUCCACCUUCGACGACGAGGAUGGCAAACUCAACGACCACCAACAGAUCAUCCAUGACAUCCAGGCUGCCAUGAACGGAAUCAGCUCAACAACCCUCAACUCCAUCAGCACUCCCUCAAAUAACAUUAUCAGGGCUCGCUCCGGCAGCUCGGCCUCGAUCAUCAAACCGAUCUCAGUCCGAAGACCAAGGACUGCUGAAAACCUCAUCAACAACAACAAAUCAUCAAACUCAUUGACCGUCCCAUCCUCAUCCACUCCAGAUAACCAAUCCCUACUAUCCUCAUCAACAACAACAAAAACAGCAGCAGCAACAACAACAGCAACAACAAAUGGAACCAGUCAUCAUCCUACUGAAAAUUCAAAUCAGACGAUUAUCAAUGAUCAAGGAACCCAAUCCUCUGAGCUUCACGAUCAAGCCGAGACCGAGGAAGCGGCGUUUGAUGAGAUCGAAUUCGAACCCAGCGACCUCGAGAUCUUGAACUCGUUGGGCGAAGGGGCGGGAGGCGAAGUGAGGAAAGUGUUGCAUCGACCAUCGGGACUAUACAUGGCCAAGAAGACCAUUCCAACCUCCCCAAAUCCGUCGCUUCAUCGACAGAUCUUGAGAGAACUCGCGUUUAAUAGAGAAGUCGCCGAUGGCCAAUCGCCGUCAAUCGUCAAGUAUUAUGGCGCGUUUUUAGAAGAGAACAACACGCAAAUAGCGAUCUUAAUGGAAUACUGUGAGGGGGGAUCCUUAGAAGCGAUCUACAAGCGAAUCAAGCAACGGAAGGGCCGGAUCGGGGAGAAGAUCCUGGGCAAAGUGGCCGAGUCGGUGCUUGGCGGGCUGAGCUAUCUGCACACCCGACGGAUCAUCCAUCGGGACAUCAAGCCCUCCAACAUCUUGGUCUCCAAGGAGGGCUUGAUCAAGAUCUGCGAUCUGGGUGUCUCCGGGGAACUGAUCGGCUCGAUGGCGGGCACCUUUAUGGGUACCUCUGCAUACAUGGCUCCUGAACGAAUCCGGGGGGAGACAUACUCGAUCACCUCGGACGUCUGGUCGCUAGGCCUGACCUUACUGGAACUAGCCAUGAACCGAUUCCCGUUGGUGAACAUCAACGAGGACGGGGUGGCGGUCCCGUUGCAGCCGUUCGAGCUCCUCCAGACCGUCGUCACGUUCGAGAUGCCUUCGAUGAACGAAGAGGAAGGCAUCGUCUGGACUAAAAGCUUGCAACAUUUCAUCAAGACUUGUCUUGAUAAAAAUCCAAACCAGAGACCAGGACCUAAAGCGUUACUAGAACAACAUCCAUGGAUCGCUAAGUCUAGAACCUGGACCCCUGAUGUGAAGACCUGGUUGAUCAAAGUUUGGGACUGGUGAUUCCUCUCCAUCUCCCUUUCUUUUCUUUUCUCACAUUUUUUGUUUUUGUUUUUUGUUCUUUGUAAGGUUGGCUUCCUUUUUCUUUUUUGACUGGUCUGGGUUCACCCUACCUCCCUUUUUCUAUGUGUAUAUAUAUAAAUGUGUGUUCAUACAUGUAUACUUGUUUUUUAAAGUGUUUCUAGAGUAAUUCUUUUGAGUCCUUUUUUUCUCUCUCUCAAUUUUUCUUUAUGUAAAUAUAUGUUGAACAAAAAAAAAUGAAACUGUGGUUCUCACACUUUCAUUGUCUCUUGGAGUUUGUUCAUUUCAUAUAAUCAGUUUUUGUUGGUUAGUUAUGAGUGAGAGGUCCCAAGCUCCCUAACAAAAACAAAUUAUUGAAGAUUUCUAUAGGUGUAUGUCCUGUUGGUUGUAAUGCGGACAGGAAGAGGAUCCUGCAUAUGGACAACUAGGCCUAAACCGACAUUAAGCCAUCUGGAUAAGUAUUUCUUUGUGACACGAUUAUCCCCGAUUGAGGCAGUUAUAUAAGAGUGCUGUGAUGCGGUUAACUACAUUUCAACAACAACAACCAAAAACCUCUUUUACUACUGUGGGGUGUUGUUGGUGAGGAGGAUAAGGAGGAGCAGUAAGGACGAGGACAAUAUUAUACCUAAAUAGAUAGUGGAAAAGUUGUCUCAAAGAAGAAGAAUAAAUAAUCCUACCACCCCUCUUCUCUCCAAAAAAAGGGGGAUAUCUGCUUGAAAGUGUCUAACCGAAGCAAUGUUACAAAAUCAAAGUUUAGAAAGACCAAGGAUUAACCAAAAAACCCCAAAGAGUAAGACCAUUUGGAAUAUAAAGACAGUCUAAAAGGGUUUUUUUUUUUGGGGGGGGGGGGGGGGAGGUUACACAAAAG